AUGGUGUCAUCCAAGGCUUUUUUGCUUGCGGCAUUGUCCGUUGCGUCUGUCACUGCCGUCGACAUCACCGUGAGUGCAACCGGAGGCAAUGCCACAAGUGGACACCAGUAUGGGUUCUUACAUGAGGACAUUAACAACUCCGGUGACGGUGGCAUUUAUGCCGAGCUCAUCCGAAAUCGUGCUUUCCAGUUCAGUCCACGGUAUCCCGUGUCAUUGGAUGCCUGGCAUCCCAUCAACGGAGCAGUGCUGUCCCUGAAGAAUCUCAGCACUCCCCUCUCUGCCGCUCUGCCUACGUCGAUGAACGUUGCGGCAGGGGACGCUACGGGGGAGAUUGGCUUUGAAAAUGACGGCUAUUGGGGCAUGGAUGUCAAGAAGCAGAAGUACACCGGCUCGUUCUGGGUCAAAGGCUCAUACGACGGCGUCUUCACUGCAUGGCUAAAGUCCAACCUGACUGACGAUGUCUUUGGAAAAGCUGAAAUAACCUCGAAAGCUGUUGCGGACGAGUGGGUGGAACAUGAGGUUGAGCUCAUCCCCGACAAGGAUGCCCCCAACAGCAAUAAUACCUUCGCUAUCACAUUUGAUUCAAAGGGAGCUGCCAGUGGAUCUCUGGAUUUCAACCUGAUCAGCCUUUUCCCACCAACUUACAAAGGCCGCGCCAACGGGCUGCGAAUUGACCUAGCCGAGGCUUUGGAGCAAAUGCACUCGACAUUCUUCCGCUUCCCAGGCGGUAACAUGCUUGAAGGUGAUACCAACAAGACCCGGUGGGACUGGAAGAACUCAAUUGGGCCGCUCAAGGACCGUCCUGGCUUUGAAGGUGUCUGGGGAUAUCAGCAGACCAAUGGGCUCGGCCUCUUGGAAUACCUGUACUGGGCAGAGGACAUGGGUAUGGAGAUGGUUCUGGCUGUAUGGGACGGUCUGUCUCUCAACGGAGACAUCACGCCCGAGGAUGAGCUGCAGCCUUUCAUCGACGAUGCAUUGGAUGAGAUCGAAUUUGUCCGAGGGCCUGCUGACUCAAAAUGGGGCUCGGUACGCGCCUCGCUGGGACAUCCCGAGCCUUUCAAGUUAGAGUAUGUUGAGAUCGGAAACGAGGACUGGCUUGAGGGCGGCGCGGAGGGUUGGGCUACGUAUCAGGAAUAUCGCUUGCCAUUGUUCAUGAAGGCUGUCAAUGAAGCGUACCCUGACAUCCAAGUGAUUGGAUCUGGCGCCUCAACAGACAACUACACGAUCCCUCCCGGCGCGAUUGGCGACUACCAUCCGUACCGUCAACCCAACCAGCUCGUGGAGGAGUUCAAUCGUUUUGACAAUGACGUCGGCCACAUCGUGGGUGAGGUAUCGGCGACACAUCCAAAUGGCGGCACCGACUGGGCUGGCCCGUUGAUGACAUUCCCCUGGUGGAUUGGCAGCGUCGGCGAGGCCGUCUCUCUCAUCGGCUACGAGCGAAACGCUGACCGCGUUCCCGGCGCAAUGUAUGCGCCUGUGAUGCGAAACAUGAACCGUUGGCAAUGGGCCGUCACGAUCCUCCAGCACGCAGCCGACCCGGCAAUGACCACGCGCUCGACCUCGUGGUACGUCUGGGAACUCCUCGCCGCGCAUCCGAUGACGCACACGCUGCCGGAGACCGGCGACUUCGGCCCCCUGUAUUACGUCUCGGGCAAGAACGAGGACAAGGAGUCGUAUAUCUGGAAGGGUGCCGUAUACAACACGACAAACCACGCCGACGUGCCUGUGUCCGUGACCUUUGACGGCGUCGCCGCCGGCACGAAGGCCGCUCUGCGCGUGCUAGUCGGCAAUGGUGAUCCGUAUGCGUACAAUGACCCGCACACGGGCGUCAACAUCGUCACGAGCACCACGUACUUCUUGACGGCAGGCGACGACGGCGCGUUCACGUUCAGUUUGCCAGAGCUGAGUGUCGCGGUGCUGGACACGGAUUACAAGUCGGCGUGUAAGACGAAGAAGCGAGCAGUGGACAUGAAAUGGUGA